AUGGAUAUUGCCAUCCAACACCCCUGGUUUAGACGCACCCUGGGCUACCCCACCCGCCUCUUCGACCAGUUGUUUGGAGAAGGCCUGUUCGACUAUGACCUCUUUCCCUUCGCUGCCUCAACUGUCAGCCCUUACUAUCGACACUCACUCUUCCGCAGCUUCCUGGACUCCUCCAACUCAGGCACCUCUGAGGUGAGGUCUGACAGAGACAAAUUCACAGUGUACCUGGAUGUGAAACACUUCUCUCCCGAUGAGCUCAGUGUGAAGGUGACAGAGGACUAUGUGGAGAUCCAGGGCAAGCAUGGAGAAAGACAGGAUGAUCACGGCUACAUCUCCCGUGAGUUCCGCCGCCGCUACCGCCUACCCUCUAACGUGGACCAGUCUGCUAUCACCUGCACACUGACUGCUGAUGGCCUGCUUACUCUUUGUGGACCCAAGACUGGUGGCAUAGAGUCUGGCCGUGGAGAUCGCACCAUCCCUGUUAACCGGGAGGACAAGACCAACUCAGGCUCCUCCUCCUAGACGGGUCACUCCCCACAGCCAGGUGGCGGUAUGGAGGUGUGAGUGGGGCUCACAGGGGGCUUUUAUUUCAGAGGGCAUCUAAAGGUGGAUUUAAGCAAAUCCUCUAUUUGUUUAUCAUUAAACAAGCCCUUCCUCCCACUUCCACUUCAAAGGGUGUCAGUGUAU